AUGAAUCAUACUGAUGAAGAAACUAUGAAGAAAACCAGUGUAGUGAACCUUGAUAAACUUUUAGAUGACUUCUCAGAGAUAGAAAAGAAAAUAUCAGAAAUUAAUGAAGCAAAUAACCUUCUGAUUCAUCAGCUGGAAAAAUGUAAUAGAUUGCUAACAUUAAGCCAAUCAAAGGAGGAAUCAGUAAAAGAGGAAUGCAGUACUUUACAGAAUGUGAUAAAGGGUCUAACACAAACCAUUGAAAACCAGUGCAAUGUGAAAGAUGAAAAUGAUAGACUGAAGGGAACCAUUCACAUCUUGGAAGAUAAAUUAAAGACUUGUGAACAGGAGUAUAAAGAUCAAAUUGAGAAACUCAUGAUAGAAAUUAAAAACAAAGAGGAAGACCACGAAUUAGAAAUUACACAGUUAAAUCGUGAUAUAAGGAAAAAAUUUGAAGUAAAAGAAAUGGAGUAUAGAGAACAAAGAGAGAAAAAAGAACUGGAAAUAUUAGAGCUAACUAGACAGCUGAAAAUUCAAAAUGAAGAGAAGCAGAAUGAAAUAAUUAAACUGCAGAUAGAGUUCAAUGCUAAAUUGGCAAGAGCUCAGGAUAAAACCACCAAAUCAUUUUCAGAUGCUUCAGUCUUGCCACAAAGCAUCUAUCGGAGGAAGCUGCAACAUCUCCAGGAAGAGAAAAACAAGGAAAUUGAAAUUCUCCGAAACACCAUAAGAGACUUGGAGCAACGUCUUAAUAAAGGCCAAGACCUGCCCUUCAAACGGAGGAGAUUCUGA